GACCUGAGAGGUAGUCAGCUGCUCACCCGGGCUGUUGUUCGGUGUUCUGCCUGCUACAACACUCGCCGUCGAAACAGCUAACCGGUUGACUGUUGUUUUUCUCGAUGUUCUUUCGCCGGUUUUUCCUUUUACCGUUGUGCUGUAAGUGGAAACGCUAAUGGAGGCGACAGAGCAGCAGGACUCGACGGCAGGUUUCACCUCUUCAAGAACUCGCUAUGGUUCCUUGGACGGCAGCUAUGAACACGACAACCACGCUCACAGUAACGGCAGGUUGUCUUCGACCACAGCGGGACUUUGGGCCUCAGCUGACACGAGAGAGGAGGGCCUUCGCAGGAAGCUGAAGUACUUCUUUAUGAGUCCUUGUGAUAAAUAUCAUGCCAAGGGUCGCAAGCCUUUCAAGCUGGGGCUGCAGCUGCUCAAGAUCAUCAUCGUCACAGCUCAGUUAGUCCUAUUCGGCCUCAGCAACCAAGUAGUGGUGACCUUCAAGGAGGAGAACACAAUGACCUUCAAGCACCUCUUCCUCAAAAACUAUGACGAGUCCUCGGACGACUCUUUUGCUGUUUACACACAAGAGAGCGUCUAUGAAUACAUGCUUUACGCUGUGGACCAGUACCUGGCCUUACCAGAGACCACGGUGGGACGGUACGCGUAUGUUUAUAACGUUGGUGUGAAUGGUACUGCGCUGUCCCUGUGCCAACAGUACUACAAGAAGGGACGGAUAGACCCAGCAAAUGACACGUUCAAUAUAGACCCCCAAGUAAUCACAGACUGCGUAGGUGUGAAUCCUCUCUCAGUUCCUCGAUCUCCACUCAGCGACAGCUACAAGAAUUUUACCCUCAAGUUCCACAAGCUUAUUAAUGUCACCAUAGAGUUCCAGCUGAAGGCAAUCAACAUACAGACCAUCAUCAACAACGAGAUCCCAGAUUGCUACACUUUUUAUAUAACAGUGGUUCUGGACAACAAGGCCCACAGCGGCAAAGUCAAGAUCUGGUUGGAGAACCGGGCUGUGAUAAAGGAGUGCAAAGACCCGAGUAUUUCUGGACAUGCUGAAAACCACUCCCGUGCUGCUUUUGACGCCAUCGUGGCUCUGGUCUGCACGGUGUCUCUGUUGCUCUGUGGACGCUCCAUACUACGAGGCAUCAUCCUCGAGCAGGAGUUUGUGCAAUAUUUUAAGGAAACUCUGGAUCGUAAAGUCUGCUGGUCAGACCGCAUGGAGUUCAUUAAUGGCUGGUACAUCCUUCUCGUCAUCAGUGAUAUCCUGACCAUCACAGGGACCAUCAUCAAAGUCGGCAUUGAAUCUAAGAACAUGUCCUCAUACGACGUCUGUGGCAUCCUGUUAGGGACCUCCACUCUCCUGGUGUGGGUGGGAGUCAUUCGCUACCUCACAUUCUUCCAGAAAUACAACAUUCUUAUCAUUACUCUCCGGGCGGCGUUCCCCAACGUGAUCCGCUUCUGCCUCUGUGUUGCCGUCAUCUAUCUGGGAUACUGCUUCUGCGGCUGGAUUGUGCUCGGUCCGUACCACGUCAAGUUCCGUUCCCUGUCCAUGGUGUCAGAAUGUCUGUUCUCCCUCAUUAACGGAGACGACAUGUUUGUGACGUUUGCGGGGAUGCAGGAGAGCGGCACCCUGGUGUGGCUGUUCAGCCAGGUCUACCUGUACACCUUCAUCUCACUCUUCAUCUACAUGGUGCUGUCACUGUUUAUUGCUCUCAUCACAGGAGCCUAUGAGACUAUAAAGCAUCAAACCCAAGAACCCAUCCAUAUCACAGACCUACACGCAUUUGUAGCAGAGUGUACAGAUGCACCGAAUUCUGGGAAGUUCAGGGGUUUAGAGACGUCGCCGUGCUCCUUCUUCUGCUGCUGCGACAGGACCACAACAUACGACGACGGUCUGCUGGUGAACUGAAGUGAGUUUGACCCGGGACAACUCUCUAGUCCCCUCUGUUGGUCACACAGCUACAUUGCAUACUGUCCUGGUGCCUUUGUACCGAGAAACUGUCUGCCUCAAUCACUCAGCACUCAUGGAGAGGAGGCUGACCUCUCAGCUGGUCCAGUACAAGGAGCGUGGAACAACAGGCUUGUUAUGGAGCCAUUCAUCUUCUGUCCUCGUUUUCCACUGAUAUGAAACUGUGAGGUGGCGCAGCACGCAACGUGAUCUCUGUGUUCAAAAGACAACUUUGCCGUAUCAUGAAAAAAAUAAUGUAAAGGUUUUUUUUGUGUUUUUUUUUUUAAAGCAAACCAGUGUUGUUUUAUAUAUAUAUUUAACGAGGCACAAGACUGAACCAGGCUGUAGUAGAGAUACAGUAUAAGCACAAAUACUGCAGUGGCAACUGCUGAUGUGCAUACUGUAGGUGGUGCUGGUUGAACUUUUAUAGUAUUUCAAUUUUUUUUCAGUGCUGUGAUAUUAUAAAUGUGCAUAUCAAAGAAAUUACAGUCAGCAGUUACUAAUUACACCAGCCUUUUACUGCAGAAACAAGGAGAAAGGUGGAACUAUUUUGCUUUUUAACGGAAUCCCUAUUGAGGUUUUUGCUGUUAAAAAACUGAAUACAGAGUUUCAGAAAACCCCAGCUACGCCGUAUAAGGUUUACAUCACUUGAAAAAAGGCGGCUCUUUGUUGUCUUGCUGUGCUCAACUGCUGUUUCAGAUUAUGUCACAUUAAUUUCAGUGAUUGAUCCAAUGGGAAGCACUCACCCGCUCACUAAUGAAGCACUUGGUUUUGUCUGCAGUCAACGGCAGCAAGAACAAAGUUCAAUGUUCCCGGUGGUCUACUGGCAUGUACUGUGUGGUAUCGUGAUGAUACCAAAAUUUGAAGGUUAGAUCUGCGUUGUUUAAAAAGUAACUAAGCUGAAGAAAAGAUUUCCUUAAAAUAGACGACGAUUUCAUGGACAUAACAAGAAGGUUUGAUAUGGGCUACAGUGGUGCAUCUCUGGGUUUAAUAUCACCUAGUCCCCAAGUCCCAGGUUGGGUUGGGUCAGGAAGGGCAUCUGGUAUGAAAAGAUGUGGCAAACCCCGAUAAAAGGGCAAAUGAUUUUAAACAGGAACAUUUGUAUGUGUCUCUGCAACAAUGGCGUAUAAUAGCCAUGCUGUUUUUACUCUUCACAGCCCUCUGUUGUCAACAACAAGUCUAUGUUUGGAUUACUUUCAUAUUUACUGCCGUAGAUGCACAAACAUUUCGGGAGUCUCAUAAUCUGAGCUCAAGAAAAAGAAAUAUAUAAAUUUUUCUUAUUGAGAAGAGAUCUGUUUUGAGCUGUAAAAGUGUAAUUGUGAUGUUAAUGAGUUUGAAAAUAUGUGCCAAAUGUACCAUGGCCUUAAAUUAUUUCUGACGUUACAUGCAUGAGUACAUUUUUCAGUGUACUGUGAAUUUCGAGGUUUCACAGUCAUGUUUUUAUACAAAUAAUCUGUGUUUCUAUCUGAUUAAUACAAACCUCUGUGUCUUACUGUACAUGCUGCUAGUUUAGUUCAUGUUUCCCCAAAAACAUCGUAGCCAUGAAAGUUGGCUCUCAAUCCAAAUGCAAUUACCUAAAACUGUCAGAAGAGGGAGCGUGUAACUCAUACGUCAAAAGAUUGAACUAACCUUAACACUGUGUUUAAAAGAAAUUACAUUAAAACAUACGAAAAGAAGGCACAUUGUGAUUUGAAUUGACUAGAAAUAAAAGGCACAUUUUUACACGUUGGUUA